AUGAUAAAGCCCUGCGGCAACACGCCUCAAGAAGCCAGGAAAAACGGCUGCCACUUCGACGUCAUAUCCUUUUGCUGGCUCCCAACUCAAUGUUACGAUGCAGAACUGUCGCGCGAAUUCGACGAAGCCAAUCACAUGGAAUGGUUCCUCGACCCCAACCGCACUGAGCCCCUGACCCACGAGCAAAUUAUGACGGGGGAGUAUACAGGGCUCUACGUCAACUGGGAGUAUCACGUGCGACACUGCACGGCAAUGUGGAAGAAGAUGCACCGCGCCAUCAUACUCGGAAACAGACACGGGGUCAAAGCGAUUGACGGAUACAUAGGAGCGUACGAGCACACGAAGCACUGCGAGCACAUGUUGUUGGCGGGGAGGAACAUUGCACCCGAUAUCAUAAACACUCGGAUUGCCGUGAAAUACCCCGACUGUGGCGUCUGA